UCGUAACACUUUUUUUUGCCGAAAAGUUUAGAAAUUGUCAUAGGAAACACAAAAGUUUAUUCAAAAUAAAGUACACAAUACGAUCUUCUUGUUUCCUCCCAACCCUAAAACGCACGCUUUAUGUUCUGUCUUAACGCCGUUUCGACGCCGUCUGUUGUUUUUCGCCGGGACACUCUCUCUCUCUCUCUCUGAGACGGUCGCUAAUCUCCGCAGACUCAUUUCUCUCAGAUUCACUACAAUGUCUCUCUGCAAUCAACUAAGCCGUCUCGUCAGGCAAGGCCCUGUCACCAAACACUACUUCAGGUCUUUCUCCGCUGAGGCGGCGACUCACCACAGGUACCACCAGGAGACGCACAGCUUCCUCGAGCCGGAGAGCUACAUAGGCAGCUGGGAGGCCCCGAAAGAUCCCAAGGACGCGGAGAGGAUGCUCGCGCAGCUUAGGAGAGACUACGCGAAGAAAGUGAGUCUGUAUCGCAAGGACUACGUUCACGAGAUUGAGAUGCUUAGGGUGGAGAAGCAGCGGAAGGAUGAGGCUAGGUUGGUGGCUGAAAGGGCUGUGAAUGAGGAGAGGCGGCGUUUGAAAGCUGAGGCUGCUAAGGUUAGAGCUGAGGAGCGUAAGAUCUUCCAGGAUGAGUUCAGGAAAACAUUGAUGAAAGAAAGGGCGGAGAAGCUGGAGUUCUGGAGAAUGACGGGACUAAAAAGGGAAGAUAAGAAGAAAGCGAGAAAGAAGCUAUUGCAUGAGCAAAGUUCAUUGUGGAUCGAGCCAAAGGAACUGGAGAAGAAGAUUACGGAAGCACUGGUUGACUCCACUACUCUCUAAACCAAAGCCCAUCUCUCUUCUGAAUCCUUGUUUGAGAAAACAAUAAUCACCUUAGUGUUUUUUGUUGGAAACUACUCUCUUUUCUUCUUCAGAUAGAGAAAGAAAGCGAAGGCGUUUUGUGCCUCUUUGCAUUAAGCACAUAAAGAGUGUUGGUGGAUAAGUUUAAAAACUGGUCAAUAAUAAGGAAACUUUUCAUUGUUACCA